AUGGCGGGGAACCUUCACCUCCCCGUGGUGGACCUGGCGUCGCCGGACCUCCGCGCCGCCGCUGAAGCCAUCCGACAGGUGACUUCUCUCGACCCCCCAGACUUUCGAAACAGAACACCCCGAAAGAGAUUACGAGCUUAUUUGAUGGCUGGGCAGGCGUGCGUGGAGCACGGGUUCUUCUACGUGACCAACCACGGAGUGGACCGCGGCCUGCUCGAGGCGGUGUUCGCGCAGAGCAAGGGGCUCUUCGACCUGCCUAUGGAGGAGAAGAUGGCGCUGCUGAGGAGCGCCAACCACCGGGGGUACACGCCGCCCUACGCCGAGAAGCUCGACGCCUCUUCCCAGUUCGUAGGAGACCUCAAGGAGAGUUUCUACAUUGGGCCUAUUGAUGAUGGUGAUAUGCAUAAUGAUGUAAACCAAUGGCCUUCUGAAGAGCGCUUGCCAUCUUGGAAGGAGACAAUGAAGCUAUACAUUGCAGCUGUUCUGGAUACUGGCACAAGGAUACUCUCUCUAAUUGCUUUGGGUUUGGAUUUGGAAGCUGAUUUCUUUCAAAAAAUUGGUGCAUUGAACUGCCCGUCAACAUUUCUUCGGUUAUUGCAUUAUCCAGCCUGA